AUGUGCGGUAUAAUCAUGAAUUCCAAGAUAAAUGGUAAAAAAUUUCAUCUUAAAGAAAUGGAACAACUUAAUUUCUUCGAUUUAAAAGAGAUAAUGGACAAAAUAUACCGGUUGCGGGCAGACCAAACUAAUGAAAAAGUUCUGUGGACAAAGAUUCACGAAAUCAAAAUUACUCAAGCCCAUCCAGAUGUUAUUUAUUUGAAGUAUAACUUUGACGAUGAGUAUAUUUCUUUAAAUACUGAAUCAGACACCAGAUCUUCAAGAGGAAGACCCAAAAAGACGCCAGUGACUGAUGUUUCAAGAGAUGAAUUAAAAAAUCUCUACAGAGAGCCAAUCGCCUUACCAAACCACUUUGUGAUGAUUUGA